CACUCCCAGACAACAGAGACCGACUGACAGGCGAGCAGACACCGGGAUGUGAGUGAUUCAGUCGGGGGCGGAGGGAACUUGGUUGAGGGAGGGAGCUGCGGUCAUUGAGGAGAUCAGUCCAUUCAAUGACUACCGACAUCCAAGCCGAAUAUUUUACAGCGAUUAACGUCAAGGCGUCACGUUUGGCUCGUUGGGUCUGAUUUACAAGCGGCGGGAUCCAUCGUCCGCGGUCGAACAUGCCCCCCACGCCGAGCCUCCAGUCCAGCAGGCUGACGCUGUCCGAGAUCAGCAUCGGUUCGUUUAAAAGGAGGAAAAGGAAAUCCAUCAUUGUCACUGUGAUGCUGCUCAUCGUGUCAGUGCUCAUCCUCAUUUUUGGCUUGGCGGCGACGACCAGGACGCAAAACAUCACAGUGGGGGGCUACUACCCAGGACUCAUUCUGGGCUUCGGCUCUUUCCUGGGAAUCAUUGGCUCCAAUUUGAUUGAGAACAAGAGGCAGAUGUUAGUGGCUUCUAUUGUCUUCAUCAGCUUUGGAGUGGUGGCUGCAUUCUGCUGUGCUAUUGUAGAUGGAGUUUUUGCUGCCAGACACAUUGACCUGACGCCUCUGUAUGCAGGACGCUGUAACUACUCCACUAAGACUGCGUUCGAGCGAGAUGUGCCCUGCCAGACGUCAUCUCGCACAUCCUGCAACCUGCGCGUGAGAAGCAAAACGUGUUACUGCUGCGAGCUGUACAACUGUGGCAAAGAGCAUCAUCCAAUGGGACUUCAGAAUAGAGAUGGUUCGAAAAGGUUUAAGAAACCAUCCAUGAUUUGGAACCGCGUAGAGGUGGUGGGCGGCUACCACGAGUACACAGAUGUGAAGAGCUGCAAAGACGUGGUGCACCUCUAUCACCUGCUAUGGUCGGCCACCAUCCUCAAUAUCGUGGCUCUCUUCCUGGGCAUCAUCACUGCUGCUGUGCUGGGCGGUUUCAAAGACAUGACACCAGCGCAAACAUCAGAAAGUACAUCGGAACCGGAGGCCAUCACAGCCUCAGUCUCCUCUGAGGCUCCUCAACGCACUAAUUCUAAUGCCUACCGCAACACUGCCCCCUGCCUGCCGCCAUACACGGCCUAUGACGCACAGGGUUCCUAUAUGUUUGCUGACUCCUCUGGCCUGUCAGAUGACUCUCAAUCCGGAGCCAGUCACCUGUGGCCCACCAUGGUGCCCCCGCGCUACUCUCCACCUCACAACCAUCCGGACGACAAGCCGCCACCAUACAGCCCCUAAAAGUGCUCAAACGUCAUCUCCGGGGCCUCCCCAAAGGACCAAAGUGUGGAACCUGAGCAGGAGGGCGAUGGAUGCUAACUUUUGAGUUGAGACCCACUUAAAGGGAGCAAAAAGGUAGUCUGGGAACUGCUUGCAAGCUUGCCCUGGACCAUUCAAGCAAAUCCAGGAAGAGGGAAUCUGUUUACAAUCGUUCUGCCUUAAAGCAAACAGUCCUCAAACACUACAGCAUUUCUGUUAUCUUUUCAGCUUUCUGCUAAACACAUGCUACGAUCCUCCAUGUUUUUUGGGGAGAUAUUCUUGAUGUGACAAAGUUACAAAUCCUUCGUGGUUUAGAGCAGCGCUCCCCAAAUUCUGUUUUUCUCCUAGGACCAGUUUCACACAAAUGUGUCAACAUUUUGAUGGACUGGCCUACGACAAAUGACUAUAAAUGAUAAAUAGAAA